AUGAUGGAACCCUCUGAAGACUCAUUUGAGACGAUGAUGGAGCUUAAGAAUCCAUCAUCAAAACAAAUGGAGUCCUCCGAGGGCUCAUCCAACACCGCUGAGGAGACACCAGGCACCAGCGGGGCGCAGGCGCAGGCGCAGGCAGAGGCGGGCUCAGCCAGUGGCCCAGCCCAGGAGCCACCCAGUGGCUUGGUCCAGGAGACAGAAGAGCUGCCCACUGAUCUACUCCAAGACAUGGAGAAGUCAUCCAGUGGUCCAUGUGUGAAAACAGAGGAUCCACCGAACGACCUACUCCAAGACUUGGAGGAGUCAUCCAACGGCGAAGACCCACUGAGUGAGAUAUCUGACGGGCUGUGUGUAGUGUCAAGCAAUUCCUCUGAGACCCGGUCAGACGAAGAUGACACUAACCUGGAUGUUACCAGUGGGGAGUUCGGAGAGGAGAGUCAGGCCGGGAACUCUCCAGAAGAAGUCGUGGCCACAAUGGGGUCCAUCAUCUCGCUGUUCCUCCGAAUGCAAGACGUCAGACAGCAGCAGAUAGUGGCAGAGGAGCUCUUGACGGAUGCCAUCGAUGACGGCCAGCUCCCUUCCAUCAGGCCCUUCUCUGGAGAUCGCAGAGACUACCAUGAGUUCAUUGUACUCUGCCAGAUGGCCUUGCAGAACCACCAAGCAAUGUUCCCCACUGAUCAACUUCGAGUGAGAUUUCUCAUCCGCCACAUGACUGACCUAGCCUUAGAAUGGGCCACCACCUUGAUAGAGCAGGAAAGCCCCCUGUUGAACAACUUCUCAGCCUUCCUCCAGGCCAUGUCAGACAGGUUCGAGUACCGGCAGACGCUGCGUGUGGCAGAAGACGCCAUAUUCAGUAUCAGGCAGGGCAACCGUAGUGUUGCCGAUUACAUCAAUGAGUUCCAGAGUCUGGUACCCACCUUGCGCUGGCCCGAUGAAGUCCUGCAGGCCCACCUGUGCCAGGGGCUCAAUGAAGACAUCAGGCAUUAUCUGUUCCGCAUCCCUCAGCCAGAAUCCCUGGAGAACCUGAUGGUGCUGGUCCUGCAAAUUGAAGAUAAGCUGGCAGAGAGAAGAGCCGUGCUCAGGCUACCCCCCGAGUCCCGCCCAAGGAACAUGACCUGGAUCGACUCACCUGCCCCAGAGAAGUGGCGGGUGAGCAGCUGGCUUCCCUAAACGCUCCAUCCAGACAUUGACCAUGCCCACAUCUUCCUGUUGCUCAUGGUGAGGGUGAGCCCCUACCACAGUGUCGCAGUGCAGGCCCUGCUGGACUCAGGAGCAGAAGGGAACUACAUGGAUGAGAGGUUUGCCCAAGAACACUACGUGGAGCUCUACGAGAGACCCUAUCCACAGGCAAUCCAAACUGCGGAUGGCUCCCUCAUCGGCAACGAACCUACAUGGCUGUACACCGAACGCCUGCUGUGCGUCCAGCAGAACCAUUAUGAAUACAUCGAGUUUGACAUUGUACCUUCGCCUCACUUCUCUGUGGUCUUGGGCAUCAAGUGGCUCCGAACCCACGCACCUGACGUUGACUGGAUCAAAGGCCGCUGCACCUUCCACUCUCCCUACUGCCUGAGGAAUUGCUUCACCCCACCGCCACCAUGCAUCGCACUGGAGAGAUACGGAAUGAGCCUGCUACCCGGAUUGCCACACCCAUACUCAGACCUGGCCGACGUGUUUAACCCGAAGGAAGCAGAUGAUGAGACUUCCGACCAGCCAAGCUCAGACGGAUCCGAUGAUCUUUCUGAAUCAGAGCCCUCUGAGCUUCAGCAGGCUGGAGACAGUGAUCGCAACGACGUCUUUUACGAGUGCCGUUCCAGGGCGCCUUGGGCAUCUGUGACUGCCAGGAUGCAAGAAAAAGCCAGGCAGCAAGAGGAGUAUUGGAUACUGUGUGACAUGCUGACUGACAGACAGGACUACAUACAGAUGAUACCAGAACUGUUUGACCAGUUACAUGGAGCUGCAUGGUUCACAAAGCUGGUGCUGAGCAGGGACAUUAAGGGGGCUGAUAUCAACUACAGCGUCACACGCACGGAAGACACAUGGAGAGCAACGUUUGGUUUGACCCUUCACCAGAUGAGAUGCUACCGGCCCUUCACAAUGUGCUCAUUUGCUGAUGAAUCUGAUAACGAGAUUCACUUCAUCCUAAAAGACAUCCUAGGCUUCUACGUGAUUGCCCGUGGCCAGGAGGUCCUGGUCUACUCAAUGAGCCAGGAGGAACACGUUGAACACGUCCGCCAGGUCCUGCUCCGGUUCCGAAACAACAACGUCUACUGCUCGCUGGACAGAAGCCAGUUCCAUCGCCAAACCGCAGAGAUCAUGGGCUUCGUCCUGUCCCCCAAAGGGGUGAAACUCAACAAGACCCUCAUGAAUCUCAUUAUGGGGUGCCGUGUCCCUGGCAACAGAAGGUGCCUGCAAACCAUUAUCGAACUCGUCUAUCCCUACCGCCACUUCGUGGAGCACUUUGCCAUCAUCGCAGACCCCCUGGUGAGGCAGCUGCUGAGUUCAGAGCCCUACUACUGGGGAGAAGAGGAACAGGAGGCCUUGGAAUGCCUCAAGAGGGCCUUCCGCAAGGCACACACUCUCUACCACCCCAAGCCUCAGAAUCCAUUCUACCUGGAAACAGGCGUCACCGGGUCAUUCCUACAUGCCUCCCUGGUCCAGACCGAUGAGGAAACUGGCAAAAAAGCUACCUGCGCUUUCUACUCACGACGCCUCUCCCCAAUGGAGGUGGAGUACCCUCAAGUGGAGUUGAGGAUCCUUCCAAUCCGGGCUUCCUUCAUGGUGUGGUGCCGCUACCUGGAGAACACCGAGGAGCCCAUCAUGAUCCUUCUCAACACAGAGGAUCUAGCCUCUCUGAAUAAUGACAGGCUCACCGUACUUCUCCCCGGGCAUUGGGUCUUCUUCUUCUCCCACUUCCAUUUCGAUGUCAUGGAGCUGCCCGAUGAAGACGACACCUUAGCCCUGUCCCAAAGGAGAAGCUGGAACGACAGAGCUGCCCGAGGCAGGAUCAUGCGGCCACUGCUGCUUCUUGCCUUGAGGAGAGGUCGAAGGGACACCUCCGCAGAGUCUGAUUCUGAUGACAGUGAAUAUGGCUCAUACCAGGAAUCAGAAGACUACAGUCAGCAGACUUUGGUGCAGCAGCUACUGUCUGCCAUCCCGAUAAACCAGCUCUUCAGUGGCAUCCUGGCCCACUUCAGUAUGGCCCAGAUCCGGGUCGUUAUCCACAGCUUCUACCGUGGCCUGAUCUACUGGAAGAAUGCCCUGGGUGUAGCGUCCCUUCUGGCGAUGAUGAGGGUGAGGCAGCGCCAGUGCCCAGUGCCUACCCCCUCUUGGGAGGUGGAGAGGCCUCAGCCCCGACAAACAGUCCGACUCAUCCUGGACUCUUCCCUCAUUGCAGGUAGUGGCAUGUCCGCAGCCAUUGCUCAGUUGUUCAACCAGAUGCCCUCUCUUGCGGGUGCCAACACCCUUCCAUCUCGAGAGUUGGCUGAAGUGUUCCUGACCCCAGGCGGCUGGCAUCAGAAUGCAGUGAAUUUCCGGCCCCGACGGGACCUGCAAUUCACACCUGGGUACUGGUUGACCCUGUGUGAGUUCUUCGGGGUCAGAGUCAACCCCGACGAUGACAUCUUCCCUGCCCCAAUCCGGCACCGAUGCUUGGAGCUGCGCGUCAUUGGUGAUGAAGAUGUCGUCUUGCGAGAAGCCCUGCAAGACGACCUGCAACGUUACCGUCAGAGUGGCCUGCAUGACGGCCUGCAAGACACCUCGCAGGACGCGCAGGGUAACGACGUGCAAGACCUGCUUGGCGACCAAGAAGUGGUCACCCUCCGCCCACGAAAUCUGUUGGACCCCCAGGUCCUAGAUUUCCUCAACAACCGCCUUCUCUACAUUCUUGGGGCCGAUGGCCAGCUUACUCUAGCCACCAGAGAUGAGGUGGCCCGGACUCUUGCACGAUUCCUGGUCAUAGCCUCCAGAACGGUCCCGCCUUCCCCACCCAGGGACCAGGCCAGGCUGCAACAACUAUCGGACUCAUCAGAUGAUGAGCUUGAGUGA